AUUCCAAAAUUGACCACAAUGUGUGCUAAACAAUGUGAUGAUAGAGCAGUUUCCAUUGUUUUGGGAGCAUGGAACUUGAUCUCGGGACCAUGUUGGUUCCUUCUCUCUGUAUAUUUCAUAUCGCAACGUAAGAAACCGGAGGAUGGCACGAUUGUCAGUUAUGAAAAAUUUUGGUAUGUGUUUUGUAUGAUUGUGUUUGUUGCUGCGAUAAUACACACUCUGAGUGGGGUUCUGCUGCUGUUUGGCGUGUGGAAGGACUAUGGAGGAGUGUUCUUAGUGGGUAUGGUUAUUAGCAAUUUCUUGCCAAUCGUGUUGGUUUUAACCAUAAUUAUACCAAUUAUACAAGUUUUUUGCGUGUUUAGAGCGCUCAAUUACUGGAGAUCGAACUGGCCUUAGUUCCAGCUACAUAUGUCUAGAUCAUGGAAACUAUAUCUUAUAAAUCAAAAUUAAUAUAUAAAAGACCAUAAAUUAUCAGUAUAAAUAAUGGAACCAUUUCAGAA